UAUCGCUCGCCAAUGCUAAUCAAACUUAGCGGCGAACCUAGCCUCUGUGAAAUACAGACAUUUUGAACUAGUUUAACUCCGUCUUAGUUUACUUAUGAUUGCUAGCUUAUAUUUUAAGUUGCAGACACUUAUUUCUUGGACACUGAGUAAAGACUGCCAAUAGUUUAAUAGCUGUAAGGAGAAAAGCAACAAGUAUAUAAUUUAUACAUAGAAACAUUUUGAAAAACCUAUAAAAACAAAAAUGUUCAUUACUCAGAAAGGAUAUGGUAUUUAUGCUUUUUAUACGCUUUUAAUAAAUGAAAUAAGUGCCGCGUUAGUAAAACCAAUAGAAAAAUCCAAGGAUCUGCAAGAGCAUACUAUGGUAACAGAUAUUAAAUUAUUUCCAUAUAUGGUGGCGAUAUUGAAGAAAUCCACAUACUUAAGCGCUGGUGCAUUGAUUGAUGAUAGUUGGGUGCUCACUGGUGCCGAUUCGUUAUUUACGAUCAGAGAAUCUUCGCGAUUUCUUCGCGUGCGACUUGGCAGCGUUAAUUACAAGAAAGGGGGAUAUUUGACUCCUAUCAAGUACUUCCAAAUUCAUCCGUAUUUUGACGAUAGUAAACCGUUGUUUGAUGUGGCACUCGUUAAAUUGCCGGAGCCAGUAAGACUGUCGCAGAGAUUAAGCCCCAUUAGGCUUCAGAAAAACACUCGGAACAUACUAGCUACACAUUUUAUAGUGACCGCGUGGCCGAUGUAUCAGCUACAAAAUCUUACUAAAAGUCACUACGAAUCUAUGGAGCAGAUAAGGCUGCAUCGCGUACUUACGGUAUCUCAUUUGCACCCUACAGAUCCUGAUGUGUGCUCUGAGGAAAUAGAUAUGUUAAUACCAUAUCGCAAUAACACCAAGUACAUUAUGUGUUUGGAAUCUAACAUUGGAACUGAUCCUUGCCAGAGGGAUAUUGGUGCACCAGUAGUUCUGAACGGGAUAUUGUGGGGCGUUAUUUCGUCCUGGAAACCGGAAGACUGCGACGUUGAAGGCGGGUCGUCCUUUGUGACCCUUGUGGCCGCUAUCGAGGUCAACUCCUGGAUACAUUCUACGAUCCGUGGUCAUAGGUGGACGAAGAAUCAUACUAUUGAUUAUGAAGAUAAUUUUAUUUAAAUUUGAUUAACCUUGUGAAUGUAUUUCUUCAAAUAACGCCAUCUGUUGAUAGACUUCCUAAGAUUUUUUUUUUGAUUUUUCCGCUGUACUUUAUUCUUAUUUUCUUUAUUUAACUAAAUUGAAACAUUAAAAAAAGCAUUUAAUUGGUCCCAGCCGAGACAUAGCAUAGAGUUUGCGCGAGACAUACGCAUGGCAAUCCAUUUUUAUAUAAAAUAAGACGCUAGCAUACCAGACUAGACUAAUUAAAUAUUUGUAAAUGUAUAUCUUUAAAUAAUUUAUAGAUUAGUAGAUAAGAGUGAAGCAAGUGUUGGAAAACCCAGUAUACCCACUUUACAGUCACAAUCAUACCGUGCAAUUGCAUUCCUGCGAGAAAUCACGAGCAAUCGCGACCUUCCUAUCGAAUUUGUACUAUAGAAUCGAGCAGUUUUUUUUUUU